AUGCACGCCACAGCAUUCACUUCUACUGUCAGUGCCAGCGCCCAGGAGGUGAAAGACGAGGUGCCUCAGAUCCAAAUACAUGACUCCGACGCUGGCGAGCCUUCCUCCGAUACCGCCUCCGAACCUCCCUCUCCCGCCUCGAGCAUCUCUUCCCUCCCACAAUCACACGACCCGCACCACCUCCCAAAAUUCUCCUCCACGACCCUCACGAAACCGACUCAACCGAUCCUCUACCUUCCGCCGCUCCUCUCCUCACUCCCCUAUACCUAUCCCACCCACAUCCCCUUCUCUUCCUCGCGCUCGACCAAACCGAACUCCGAUUCGAAGUCCAACCCACUGACGACGGAGACGAGGUUGCCUGAUAUCGAUCCUGCGAGUUUGAGUUUGCAUAAGGCGUUGCAUCAUUUUGCGCCGAGAGACGAUAGGUAUGCGGCAGUGGGAUACGAGGAGGCGUUCAAUUGGGAUGAAUUGAGGUUGCCGGAGGAGGAAGAGAGAGAGUGGUAUUGUGUUGCAUUCAGGAGUUUGAGAAAACCUGGCAGCGAGAGUGGACCACUCUACGAAGCAGACAAACAAGCCCACGAAGAAGCCAUCCGCAACGGAGGCCUCAUCCUCUACUGGUACGGCAUUCCUGACCCAGUCACAGGCCUCAACCUCGCCACCUGUAUCUGGCAGUCCCGCGCACACGCCGUCGCCGCUAACGGCCGUCCGCACCAUAUCCGCGCGAUGAGGCUUGCGGCGAACUCGUAUGCCAAGUAUGAUCUGGAGAGGUAUACGUUGAGGAAGGUGAGGGGUGAGACGGGGGUGAAAGUGUUGCCUUUUGAGGGUGGUCAGGUUGGGUGGUGAGUCGCGUCGGGGGUAGGGGGCCGGGGCGUCCUCAUAGAGUGGUUCGUUAUUCUUGCGCUUUUCUUCACGCUGUGUCUUUGUGGAUAGCUUUCUUGGACUUGGACGUAUCUUCCGACGUGGUGGCCUCCCGUUCCGCUGCCUGCGCUUUGUGUUUUCUUGUUAUCAAUAUCGUUAUUGCCUCUUCUCGUAUAUCUCCGUUUUAGCUUUCGC